ACUCCCCGCGGCCGACCACUACGAUGAGCAGCACACAAGCGACUUCCCAGCAUAGUGUAGUUACUGAAGAGCAUAUUGCUAUAAUAGCUAGGCGUCAUUUAAAUAAAUGGGAGGAUGUGUGUCCUUAUCUCGGGCUUAAAAAUGCAGAAGAAAACAUCCGAAGAACACCAGGUGACUAUCAUGAUCAAAAUAUGGCGAUGCUGAAAAUAUGGAAGAGGCAGCAAGGAAAUAAAGCCACCUACAGAGUUCUGAUCCAAGCGGCAGAGAAUGCGCUUGACAAUAUGUUAGCGGACCGAAUACGUGAAAUGAUAUCUGCUGAGUCUGCUGCAGUUGAUGUACAGCGUCAACAUCAUUUUCCAUCCAAGAUGUGUGUUCUCCCAAUUGCAAUUUCUCUGCUAGUAGUGCUAGGGGUUGUCAUUUUUACAAACGUAUAUAACCCUUUCAUUAAAGACAUGGAAGAGAGGAUACCAGCCAACAUAAAAAUUGAGAACCAAACUGCAAGUAUAGCAGUGAUGAUUAUUGGCUCAAUCAUAUCAAACCAAGAGGUCGUCUCUCAGUCUCCAGCUGAUCUGUCAAACAGUGAUAGUCAAAUACUGACAAAACUGGGUCUACCCCAAGGAAAAUGGGACAACCUCAAUGCUCUGCGGGCUCUCUAUAAAUAUAGCACAGAGUAUGAUGUGUUAUCUGUCCGAGUCAGUACGCCUGGAAUGGAGCUGGACCGAAGCUAUAUACUGGAGCAGAUUGAGCUUAUUUUCAAAACUUCAAAAAAUAUAGUUGUUCUUCACUACUAUGGGAGUAGUCAGAGGAACACUGGUGACUGGAGUUUCAGAGAUGGUUUUAUCACCUUCAGAGACAUUGCUGAUCUCUACAUGAAACACAGCCGUGGACAGAAACUCGGGAUUAUCUCAGACUGUCAUUCCUCGGGACGGUGGGUGAGUGAGUGUGCCAAGUUCCUGGAUGAGCAGGGAGUGAAGCCAUGUGGACACUCAGCCAUGGAGAAGGGCAUUCUUCUGAGGGUUGUAGCAUCAUGUCGGACAGGCCAAGACUCUGCCGAACUAGCAUACACUCUACGAGGCAUGAAACUGAAGGAAGAACUGGAUGGCAGUCACCGAGACUUGUUUUACUACUUUUCUAAAGAGUUCAGUGCUCAACAGAAGGUACUUGGCGUUGAUUUCACAAAACAUAGGUGUGGAAAGGGAAACGAGGAAAAGUGCAAUAUUGCCUCAAAUGCUACGUGGUCCACUGCAAGGGAAGUGACUGAUGGUCGCAUAAAACUAGUUCGAAGGAAUGAAAAUGGUCGGCCAAUGUGGCAGUUUAUAUUGCUAGAUGAUGAUGCACAAAAGAUCAGAGACUUUUAUCCAAUGGCCUAUCUACCACGGUAUGGCACGGUUCUGAGGUCAGGAGAGGGGAAAAAUCCUUCUCCAGAAGAUGAAGAGUGGAUGAGUAAUAAUUACGAGCCUAAAAUUAAUACAGAACGUGGACAACAAGACCUGCCUGUUCAAAUGGUACCAUUUGCUGCAGUUAUUGUCAUUGGAGCAGUACUUUUCUGGGUGAUAUAUAAAUAAAAUGAACUAACCUUGUAUGAACCCUGCAUAGAUGAGUUACCUUUAAAAGCUAUAGCUGACUUUUGGUGUGAGUGCCAUCCAUGUUUUUAUGUAGCAGCUGUUGUACUAGCUAUAUAACAAAAAUAAGUUACGAGAUCUGAAUGGUGUCUUAUUGCCAGCCUCCACCCACGCCUAUUACAUAAUCGAUACUCCACACAUGUACAACAGCAUGCAACA